UUUCACUUUAUUACAAACAGAUCUAGCGCCAGUCUAGACUACGCAUUACAAAAUGUAGAGUAGACGACUCCAACAAAAGGUACAUAGUAAAAUAUUUGUUACAUUAAUCUGUCACUUAUACAGGGUAAAUCUUUCAAAUUUAAAGGGCGAAUCUUUCAAAUUUAAGCGAAUGUUACUUAUUAAAGUAUUCAAAUUUAAAUUUAAUAGAAUUUUAAUUUAAAGACUGGUUAUUUGUGCAUGAAGCUUUGAAAAUUUACCAUGUUAUCUUCGGAUGUAACACCAGCACGAGUAAAAUUUAUUACCAGUGAUCUAUAUUCGACGGCAGAAGAACAAGCACAGGAUAUUAAAACUAUUGAAAUGCCUAAUAUGAACAAUUUAAAAGAAAUAUCUAAUCCGCCAAGUUAUAACGAAAAUGAUGCUUUAGUUGUGAUGUUAAGCGGAGUGUAUGCAAAAUUGCUUAUGGUGAUGGGAAUUUGUUUUCCAUUAGGAGAGGUCAUUUCCAGAAGUAUUCCAAUAUCUUAUUACGAAGGCUUUUAUCUUUAUUUAUAUAUCGGGAGUAUAUCAUUUAUUCUAUUUGUGUAUGUGUUUCUAUUAAGAAGAGAAAGAGAAUCGCAUAAAAUAAGUACGUUUUCAAAGAUUUUACACACUGUUUUGAAAACUAUGGAUACAGUACCAAGAAGAAAUAGUUCUUUCGGAAUUGCAUCUCCAGUGACAAAAAAGAAAGUAGACGAAUUAAUGCAUAGUGGUAGUUUCUACAUCCGAUUAAGUGCUGUAGCUUUUGGAAUUGGCUGCAUGAUUUAUUCUGGAUUGGAAUUUGGGCAAUUUUUCGAACUGCAUACAGAAUCUAAAUGCUAUAACAUUCUCUUCGGAUUAACUCCAUUUACUCGAAUGGUAUUCACCUUCGCUCAGAUGUAUUUUAUUUUUCUAAAUUCUACGAUGAUUGUCAACAAAUAUAAAACAAUUGCUCGAUUUGGAUUAAUGCAUAUGAUUGCUGCCAAUUUAUGCGUUUGGCUUCAUGUUUUAGUUCAGGAAACUAAACACGGCAUUUUGACGUCAGCUAAUUCAACCUCUUUUCCUUUGAUAAAGAAUAUGAACUUUAACAUCGCGAUAAAUCAAGGUGAAUCUGCAAAUGAAUUUUCUAAUAAAACUGUGAUAGAUGAAACUUUAUAUUCAAAUCACGAAUGUAGAAGAUCGAGCAUUAUGGGUAAACUAGUUCAAGAUGCCAGUCAGUUUUUGUUCCCUUGUGUUAUUGAACAUAGUGUCAUAGCUGCUGCAAUUUUAUUUAUGAUGUGGAAAAAUGUCGGAAAGUCUCUCGAAAAUAGUACAGACGAAAAACAUUCCUUUUCGGCUAAGAGACAUUAUUAUCAUGUGGAUUGCACCAAAGCCAAUAAGGGUUUAUUCACCGGUAUAUUCGUUCUUUCUUUAUCUAUCAUCAGUAUCAUUUUAUUCUUUGUAUUUAUUAAUAAACUAAAGACAAAACCUCUAGCUGUACUUGAAGCAAGAAUCACGGAACUUGUAUUAUAUUUAAUGACUUCGCUUGCUGUUGCAGUUUCCUUGUAUCAAAUGAAAGAACUAAAAUAUUUUCCGAACAAGAAUGCUGAAUUAGAUAAUUAUUUACUAGUGGUAGGGCAAUCCGGUCUCUCUUUAUUUAAUGUAUUCAGUAUUAUAGGGGCAAUAUUUGCAAAAAAUGAUAAUUUAGGUUUGGUAUUGCUAAGCAGUUCGGCGUGUCUUAUUCAAAGCACUUUGCAAACCAUGUUCAUUUUUGAUGCUUCUAAAAGAAGGGCAACUAACUCUGAACAAAUGAAUCGAAAACCGGGCCGAGAAAUGGUAACUUUUCUUUUAUUAUGUAAUUUUGCAAUGUGGGCUAUAAACACGCUAGAAACUCAAAGAGUUGAUUCUAAUCCCGUACUCUUAGAAUUUUAUAGAUUUUGGGGAUGGAUAAUUAUUCUGUACGUAACUACGCCUCUUGCAAUCUAUUAUCGAUUUCAUUCUACAGUAUGCUUAUGUGAUAUUUGGAAAAAAUGUUAUAAAGUAUAGAAAUAUAAUAUAUAUUUGCUAUAUAUCGUGAUACAGUAUAUAGAAAAAGUU